UGGCUAGAAAAAAAUUUGAAAUUUAUAAAUUAAUAAUGACAGAUCUCACCCGGGCAAUUUUUAAUUUUCACCCUAUUUCGAUAAUUACACCAUACUCUCUCUACAGUACAGUACGGUACCCGGUAAAACUUGCCGAAUCUCAAAAGUUCAUCUCACAUUGGUAGGUUCUGGAUCUUCGACCUCAUAUACUUAAUACUCAAAAGCAUCUCAUUCAUCUUCCGGUUAGCCAAACAACCAGUUACCAGUCCCGGGUUCACCGACGUGUUUGACACCGGUACUUGUUUGGUACCCAGUCACGUUCGUUAAGAUUAAGAACGUCGAAAAAAAAAAAUUGUUACACGCUGGUCCUUACGAAUUUUUCAUUCCGCCUGUUCCUCGUCGGGGAUCAGCGUUCGUGCCGGGAGACGAUCUCUCUCGCAUGCUGGACGACGUAAAGUGAGAUUGAAUCUCCAGAGGUAGAGUAAGCCGCGGUUCUCGGCUCUUGAAGCUUAUCAGUUCGCGCCGGGCAGCCGGGCAAUGCGCUGCGUGUCUUCGGAGAACCGCGUUACAAGAAUAACGAGUGUUCCGGGCAAAUAAGAUCGGCAACUCGGAGUAAUUAUUGGCCAAGAUCAUUUCGGCCAUUUCUUCUUGUGUUGGAUGAUUUUCAUUCAAGACCUUCGCAAUCGAUCUAUCGUCCAUUUUCGUUUGCGUGAAGAAAUUGGCGCACGAUCUGAAAGCGGGAGAUCUUGGAAAUGAGGUCUUCUGAGAAUAUCAUUUGAUUGCUUCGAGUAGACGGUACAUACAAUGUCGUCUUACGGCAGGAGAAGCAACCUGAGGUGGCGAGUAUACUUCUCUUCCUGGAUCAUCGCACUCCUACAGCUGACGCAUUCUCAAGAGGAACCUGGAUUAGAAGUACCACCAACACCGUGCGCCGGUUACAAGCCUGGGGAAGAUGAUCUUCAAGCAUUUGACUUUAUCAGAAAAUACAAACUGGAUCUUCUUGAGACGCAGUAUCCAGGUGUCACCCGGGUGCGUGGAAGCAAUCGUAUGCAAACUGCUUAUCGACUGGACAGGGAUGCUGAUUUGACACUUCCUACGAGGGAAAUAUUCCCAGCUGGAUUGCCCGACGAAUUCAGCCUAAUCUGCACCUUCAAGACGAGGAAGCUUCCAAAAGCCCCUUGGAACAUCAUACGAAUAGCUAGCGAGGACAUGAAGCCCCAGUUCACGAUAACACUGAACCCCAGGAGACAGGCACUGGAGUUAUCGAUAGCAAACUACGAAGGGAAACUGCAAACCAUCUCCUUUAAGACAGCACACGUGUUCGAUAAGAAUUGGCAUAAAAUACAUUUUGGGGUCUUCAGGCAAAAUGUGAUAUUGUACGUUGACUGUGAGAGAACAGGCAUGGAAACUCUGGAACCUCGUGGACCAAUCGAUGUUGCUGGACAGAUUUCCAUAUCCAAGAUGGCGAAUUCAAAAAUGACUGUACCCGCGACAAUGGGGAUCGAUCUGCAGUGGAUGGUGUUCAAUUGUGAUCCCACUAGACCGGAAAGGGAGACUUGCAACGAACUUCCGAAAAUUGUCAAAGGCGAUUUCCAACUUACAAGGAGGCCCCCGUGCGAAGUUACGUGUCCUCAGGGACCGCCAGGCUUUAACGGCACUGCUGGACCACCAGGCCCACGGGGACCAGUCGGCCCGAUUGGAGAACCAGGAAUUCCUGGAUUUCCGGGACAACGUGGUCCUCCAGGAUUUUCCGAAAGACCCGGCCCGCAAGGUCUUCCGGGAUUGACAGGUCCUCAAGGUCCUGUAGGACCAGAAGGUCCACGUGGACCUAAAGGAGAUACUGGGGAAAAGGGAGAUAUGGGAUUCCCUGGACUCAAAGGGGAUCGAGGAGAAUUCGGACCACGAGGUUUUCCUGGUCCACCAGGUUUGCCAGGACCUCCGGGCAACGGAAGUGCUCCCAAUCCAAUAUUAGCAGGACCUCGAGGGUAUCCUGGUGAGCCAGGAGUGUCAGGAACUCCUGGAGGAGAUGGCACUCCUGGAGAAAGAGGUCCAAAGGGGGAACGUGGCGACACCGGUUUAACUGGUUUUCAAGGAUUACCAGGACCUCCUGGUCCUGCAGGACCACCAGGAUUACCAGGAGCUCCAGGUCUAUUCAGUCCUGGAAACAUUUUAGGGCUUCCAGGAGAGAAAGGUUCCAAGGGAGAGCAAGGAGACCGUGGCGAAAUUGGACACCGCGGAGAUAAAGGCGAACGUGGUGAUAGAGGCUUCCCAGGUGUCGACGGUGCUCCAGGAUAUCCUGGGAAGGAUGGUCCUCAAGGGGUUGAAGGACCUAAGGGUGAUUUGGGCUUUCCGGGACCGCCGGGACCGCCGGGACCACAAGGAUUGCAGGGACCGCCGGGACCACAAGGAUUGCAGGGACCUUCUGGAAAUCAUGGAGAACCAGGAACACCAGGUGCUGCAGGACCAAAAGGUGAACCUGGAGAACCAGGAAGAGACGGCCUUCCUGGAUCGGGUAGUGGUGCUGGAAAUCCAGGACCACCAGGACCUCAGGGUCCAUCUGGAAUACCUGGUGAAGAUGGAAUACCUGGAAUGAAAGGCGAACCAGGAUCGAUUGGACCUCAAGGUCUAGCAGGAUUGUCAGGUCCUCCUGGGAAGGACGGUCUUCCUGGCCUGGACGGACUACAAGGACCGCAAGGACCUCCUGGAGAAGUUGGUCAAACAGGACCCAGAGGACCUGAAGGUUUAAAUGGUACACCAGGUCUUCCAGGACUCAUCGGAAAACCAGGAAAUAAGGGAGAUAUAGGGCAACCAGGAGAAUCUGGUCCUGUUGGUCCUCGAGGCUUACCUGGAAACAUGGGGGUUGCCGGAUUACCUGGUCAACCUGGAUCUCCAGGUCUACCAGGAUUCGACGGAAGACCUGGACCACCUGGGCCACCUGGUCCCCCAGGAUCUCCUGCUGACAUGCUUAGUACAAAUAGUGUUUUCUAUGAUGGUGGUGGCAGUCCAGGAGUCAGUGGUCCCAGAGGACAGCCAGGCGCCCCAGGCAUUCCUGGUGAACGUGGAGCGAACGGCGAUAGAGGACCGGAGGGUCAAAUGGGACCGCCUGGAAUGCCUGGAAAGGAAGGUCCGCCGGGUUUGCCAGGCGCACCAGGUCACAGAGGCCAAUCGGGUAUGCCAGGACUCCAAGGACCUCCCGGGAGGAGUUACAGUGAUGCGGAAAUUCGGGAUAUCUGUGCCAGCGUACUAAGGGAGAGGCUGAACGAAUUAACAGAGGGUCUACGAGGGCCACCCGGGUUGCCGGGUCUGACCCGACAGGGCCGUCCCGGUCGAGCCGGAACCCAAGGCAUCCCAGGUGAUCCAGGUGUACCUGGUCUGCCAGGUGAACGAGGCUUUGUAGGACUUCCUGGACCUGUGGGCCCUGUAGGUCCUCAAGGUCCACCAGGGGAACGGGGCGAUAAAGGUGACAGAGGUUCUGAGGGAGUUGGCAUCGAAGGUCCUGCUGGCCCCAGAGGAUUACCAGGUCCUCCAGGUAUUGACGGUGUCGGUCUACCUGGACGACAAGGAGACAGAGGAGAACCCGGUCGACCAGGUAUUCCCGGCAUGAGGGGCGCACCAGGAGCUCAGGGACCACCGGGAUUCUGCGAGUUCUGCAAUUAUCCAAGCGCUAACUACGUGCAGUAUACACGCGGUAACGAAAAAGGACCCUAAGCUUCAAUUGGCUAAUAAUAACAGCGGUUAGAUUCAUUGACUACUUAAAAAUAGAAAGAAAUAACUACCGUUACAAUUUUCUAAAUUAAUUUCUUGGAAAUGUCAAAUAAAAUAUCCAUGCACUCUCCAUUUUGGUAUGAAAAGAAUUUUCUUCGUGAAAAAGGUACAAGAAUUUCACAAAAUUCCUUAAUUUUACUGAUUAGAAGAAGCACGAGUUAGAAUCUAAACGCGUUUGUGUGCAUACUACAGGUAAAAGAUGGCAAACUGUACGUUUUUUCUGAGUAUGUUAAACUUCACUUUACCAAAGUCAACAUGAUAGGAAAAUUUUGAGAAGUUAUAUAUACGUCAGUACAUUUCUAAUUCAUAGAUAAAAUAUCUAUUAUGAUCCUACUAUUUUUAGAAAUCUUAUAUUAUUGUAAUAUUUUCUAUUUCUAAUCUAUGAAAAAGGAAUCCUAAGUUUCCAUCAGUCGGUAAAUAUUUUUACCUUGACCGUACUUUUUUAAUAAACAGUUUCAACUA